CUUUGAUGUGUAGGGUGAAAUCAAAUCAUAACAUCACAGUUUCAAUGCAAUCGUUUUGUUUUUUUAAACCAUUGGUCAAUGGAAAGAGACACACUGCUGUUCUAAUAGGGCCUACUAACAUUAGUUAUGGAUAAAACAAAAGCUAAAACCAAGCGUUUAACUGGAGGAAACAAAGAAGGAGCUAAGAAGCGAUGCCAAACCAAAUCGAAUGCGAAAACUUGCCAACGUCCAAUGAAAUCUCGAAGAAUUAGUUCCCCUAGUAGUAGCAGCAGCAGCAGUUCAUCCUACUCAAGCGACAGUGAGACUGACUGUAGCUCUGAUAGUUACAGCUCCAGUGACUCUUUUUGUACCACCUGCUCCAGUGAUUGUGACUGCUCUCACUGUAUGACUCCAAGUGACAGUUCAUCUUAUACCUCAUCAAGUUACUCAUCCGAUACAUCUUCCUCUGAUGAUGACCACUGCUGUAAACGAAACUGCAAGCAUCCUAAAAGGAAAACAGUGAGCAAGGAUGCCUGCGGAAAAUCUAAAUGUAUCACUCCAAAGAAAGUCAAAAAGACAACAAAGAAAUGUGCGGCACCUCCUAAGGCUGGUCGCAAGACAGCCAGCAGAAAACCAGCCAAGACGACCAAAAAGAAAUGCGGUGCUUCGAGAAAAUGAAGAGUAUUUUUCUUGCUUUACAUUUCAGUCGUUAGUUAAAAUGUUCUCUAGAUUUUUACUUAAAAAUUUGUUCUAAUGUUUAAUUGAUGUAUAUUUUGCUUUUGCAAAAAUAAUGGACAAUUAAAAUGGAUGUGAAGAUUUGUACUUAUUUGUACAUUUAGCUAUUAAUGGCUUUAUACAAUUGUAUAUGCUAGAGAUAUUUUGCUUUUGUAUUUUGUCCACAACAUACACUCAAUGGAUCAGCAGAGAUAAAAUAGAUGUACAUCCGUACCUUUGUACACAUAUUUACACAUUUAUUAGCUUUACAUAACUUAAAGAAAAUUUU